AUGGCUGCCGCGCCCGCCGCUCGUCUUGCCUCUCGCACGUUCAUCAACCUUGCGCCCACGGUCACGGCGUCUCCCGCUGGUGCGCCAAUUGCCAAUGGCUUGAACCUGGCGGCGCGUGCGCCCCAUGACCCUCACGCUGAGGACCAUGGCGCUCACGAGGGUGGUGCCGUCCGAGCUGACGUGUACCAGGUGCCCUCGUGGUCGGUGAAGACGUCGCUGCGUAACGGAUCGCUCCAGUCGAAGACUGGCGUGAAUGCUCUGCCAAGCUCCGGAGGCUCGCCGCGCUACUUCAGCACGAGCGUGGCCAAGAAGCAGGGUGUGCCCGACUUUACGCCUUACCGCACCAACAAUGUCGACGGCAACAAGGUCUUUUCCUACUUCAUGGUCGGAUCCAUGGGUCUGAUCGCCGCUUCGGGCGCCAAGGCGACCGUCUCGGACUUUCUCGCUUCGAUGGCCCCUUCUUCGGACGUCCUUGCCCUGGCAAAGGUCGAGGUGGAGAUGAACAACAUCCCUGAAGGUAAAAACGCCAUCAUCAAGUGGCGUGGAAAGCCAGUCUUUGUCCGUCACCGCACGCAGGAGGAGAUCGACGAGGCCAACAAGGUUGAGGUCAACUCGCUGCGAGACCCGCAAAAGGAUUCGGACAGGGUCAAGCGGCCAGAAUGGCUGGUCAUGCUUGGCGUCUGCACCCACCUCGGUUGCGUCCCCAUCGGCGAGGCUGGAGACUACGGCGGCUGGUACUGCCCGUGCCACGGAUCCCACUACGAUAUCUCGGGUCGCAUCCGUCGAGGACCUGCGCCGCUCAACCUUGAGGUGCCCGAGUACGACUUCAACGACGAUGAGGGCAAGCUUAUCAUCGGUUGA